AUGUCCAAAACUUUAGUGGACGAGUGUCGUGGCGUACUUCAUGUUUAUAGCGACGGUUCCAUAGUCCGCUCUGCAACCCCAGCCUUUAACAUCCCAGUUCAUGACGACGGCACCGUUUUAUGGAAAGAUGUCGUUUUUGACUCAGCUCAUGAUCUUAAGCUUCGGCUCUAUAAGCCAGCUAAUUCUGUAAAAGGCUCUAACCUUCCGGUUUUUUACUACAUUCACGGCGGUGGCUUCUGCAUCGGCUCGCGCACAUGGCCAAACUGUCAAAACUAUUGCUUCAAGCUCGCUUCUCAGCUUCAAGCCGUAGUGGUUUCCCCUGAUUAUAGACUCGCCCCGGAGAAUCGGCUCCCGUGUGCGUUUGAAGAUGGCUUCACGGCUGUUAAGUGGCUCCAACAACAAGCCGUGAGUAGUAACCCGGACUCUUGGUUGAACGACGUGGCUGAUUUUAGCCGGGUUUUUAUCUCUGGUGACUCGGCCGGUGGCACGAUGGCUCACGAUUUGGCAGUUCGGCUUGAGUUUGGUUCGACCGAGCUGGAACCGGUUCGGGUUAGGGGUUAUGUUCUUCUAGCACCGUUUUUUGGUGGAACGGUUCGAGAAAAAUCAGAAGCUGAAGGACCAAAGGAUGCUUUUCUAAACUUAGAACUUAUUGACAGGUUUUGGAGGCUUUCAGUACCAAUUGGAGAGAACACAGAUCAUCCAUUUGUGAAUCCAUUUGGACCAGAUAGUAAGAGGUUUGAGGAAAUUGAUCUUGAUCCAAUUCUGGUAGUUGCUGGAGGAAACGAUUUGCUUAAAGAUAGAGCAGAGGAAUAUGCAAAUAGGCUUAAGGAUUUGGGUAAAAAUAUAGAGUAUGUUGAAUUUGAAGGACAACAUCAUGGGUUUUUUACUUUUGAUCCGGAUUCUGAACCGUCAAAAAAGUUGACGUUGGUCAUCAAAGGAUUCAUAGAGAAGUAUUAG